AUGACUCAGGUUUGUGAUGAAAUUGUUCAACUGAUGGAAGUGAAUAGGAUUAUCAGAUACAAUUUUGAUGAUUUUUUGGCAGAGGCAACAGUGCGCCAAUCGUCAGCACACAGAACUGUCUUUCACAAUCCAAAGUCAUUUAAAAUUAUGGAAAAAGAUGAAAAUAGCAAAGAGUCUGAGAUGAUGAUUUACCAACCCCUACCCGCAGAAGUUCGUGUUACUCUGGAGCGGCAGUCCCUGCUAUUGGGUAAAAUUAAGUCAAAUGUAAAGAAAGGGGAAGAUAAAUUUUUGAUGAGCUACAUCCAACCAAGAACCCCAGUCAUACCCGAGGAUUUGUCAGCUUUGUUUAAGAAAAAUUUUCCAUUAAAGGUUAGUAGACCUGCAAAGGAAAAUAAAAAGACCCGAACACGAAAGAAGGUUUUGACAUCUGUUGAGAAAAGAAAACUUGGUCUACAUAAGUUGCCAAAAACAGGAAUAAAAUACAAAGCAUGUGCUCCCCUACACCAACUAUGGGUUGAAUAUAUGGAAAAUUUUUUAGAAUUGGAAAACAGCACUAAGGCAGCCAAUAAGGAUUUAUUGUAUCAGCGGAUUGCAAAAGCAGAUUAUCAUGGAUGUUUGCUAAUGGUAACAAGAUCCAAGUGUCCAUCAUACAUUGGUGCAAAGGGCAUUGUGGUAUUAGAAACAAAAAACACUUUUCAGAUCAUCUGUGAAGACGAUCAACUCAGAAUUAUACCUAAGCGGGACAGUGUAUUCACGUUCAAUGUCAGCAAAUGGACUUUUACAUUGUUUGGUAACCACAUGAACAUAAGGCCCAGUGAAAGGGCAGCAAGGAAAUUCAAAAGUAAACCUACGAUAGAUCUUUGAACUUUUUUGGGAAUAAACGUUGAUACUUUGGAAUUUA